AUGGACGAGAGGGGAAGGGAGAGGAUGCUUUUGGAUCAUGGAGCUAAGUUAUUGGAAGAGCGGAUAGCAUUUUUUGAUGGUAGAUCCAACCCUAUCAGGAACUUCUCUGUCAAUCAACUCCAAAAAGCCAUACAUGAUUUCCAAAAAAAUCACCACGUCCAAAGCCUCAUAGACUUCGAAUGGAGCAAGGGAGUUCUUGAUGGACGCUUUGUCUUCGUCAGGAAGUAUGCAAUGGGUGGAGAAGAGGUCUACCGUGCAGCAAUAUCUGUGACGGGAAUGUUACUGAUAGAGUAUGUGAAAGACUUGGUCGAAAAGGAUCAGAUCAAUGAAGUUGUGGAUCCUACGAUUUCAGGAGAAGAUAGGCCACUAAUGAUAGAAGUAGAAAAGGAAAUCCAGCGAAUUGAAAGGUCUAUCACUGCUCUAUAG